UUAUUUGUAGCCGCACCCUUUAUUUCCUAUUACUUAAUAAUAAGAAUAAUAAGUUCCAAUUCUCAAAACUUGUCUACCACUAUGCAAGCGUUCUCAUCAUCGCUCACCUCCGCUAAACCCUUCGUUGCUUCUCCUCGCUCUCACCCUCGCGUGAGAUCUCAGCUCAGCGAUCGACAAUCUCUAGCAGUCGCUGAUUCCAAAUCAAUGGCGGCCAAGUGGGCCCAGAAGACUGUCGUCCUCCCUCCGCAAAAGAGAGGAUGUCAUCUCGUCACUUCCAAGAUAAUGAAGGACAUUGAGCAAGAUUUAUCUGGGUUCAAAUGUGGUCUAGCUCAUUUUUUUUUGCAGCACACAAGUGCUUCUCUUACCAUAAAUGAGAAUUACGAUUCAGAUGUUCAACAUGACACCGAAACCUUUCUUAAUAGGAUAGUGCCAGAGGGGCGAUCUGCACCGUGGAAGCACACAAUUGAAGGUCAUGAUGAUAUGCCAGCCCAUAUUAAAUCAUCGAUGUUUGGUUGUUCUCUCACGAUUCCUAUUACUGAUGGCCGACUCAAUAUGGGAACUUGGCAGGGAAUAUGGCUUUGCGAACAUCGGGAUCAUGCAACUCCCCGCAGAGUUGUGAUCACUCUUAAUGGGAUGUAAAAUGUAAGGUGUUUACAAAAAACGUAAAAUAAACGCUAGCUCUGUACGUCUUAUGAUAAUGCCAUGUUGGAUAUACAUCGUGUUCUAUUAUAUAAGGUUUCCAUAACUAGAAAUAUUUAACGAUUCACGUCAUUCUUUGUCGUC